GAACUCACUCCUGCGAGCGAGCGGCGGCGCUCAGCAUUGUGGCAGGCGGCUGGGGCCGGCUGGGGCGCCGGAGCCGCAGGCAGCCGCGGGGCUCCGAGAGGCGCGCACAAGGGCUGGGACUGCGCGGCGCCGCCGCUGCGAGCGCCACUGAGCGGUCGCGCAACUUCGGAGCCACAGCGCCGGAGCUAGGCGAGCGCUCGGAGACCCGGAGCCAGAGGGGCGCGCCGGAGCCUGGUUCGAGAGCCGGCGCCAGGCACCCACCGCGCUCCGAGUGCCAGGGGGCCCUCCGCGCAGCGUGGCUGCCGCUGCCCCCACGGAAGGCACGGGCUGGCGCGGCCGGGCGCCGGGGAGGACGGCGAGGAGGCGGCGGCGGCGGCGAAGACGGCGGCGGCGAGGCUGGGGCCAGGGAGACAGCCCCGGGGGAGAGGCGCCCGAACCGGGCCGCGGGAGCAUGUGGACCCGGAGCGGAGCUCGGGACGCGCUGCUGCUGGCACUGCUGCUCUGCUGGGACCCGAGGCUGAGCCAAGCAGGCACUGAUUCCGGCAGCGAGGCGCUCCCUGACUCCUUCCCGUCGGCGCCGGCAGAGCCGCUGCCCUACUUCCUGCAGGAGCCACAGGACGCCUACAUUGUGAAGAACAAGCCUGUGGAGCUCCGCUGCCGCGCCUUCCCCGCCACGCAGAUCUACUUCAAGUGCAACGGCGAGUGGGUCAGCCAGAACGACCAUGUCACACAGGAAGGCCUGGAUGAGGCCACCGGCCUGCGGGUGCGCGAGGUGCAGAUUGAGGUGUCGCGGCAGCAGGUGGAGGAGCUCUUUGGGCUGGAGGAUUACUGGUGCCAGUGCGUGGCCUGGAGCUCUGCGGGCACCACCAAGAGUCGCCGAGCCUACGUCCGCAUCGCCUACCUGCGCAAGAACUUCGAUCAGGAGCCUCUGGGCAAGGAGGUGCCCCUGGACCAUGAGGUUCUCCUGCAGUGCCGCCCGCCGGAGGGGGUGCCCGUGGCCGAGGUGGAAUGGCUCAAGAAUGAGGAUGUCAUCGACCCUACCCAGGACACCAACUUCCUGCUCACCAUUGACCACAACCUCAUCAUCCGCCAGGCCCGGUUGUCAGACACUGCCAACUAUACUUGCGUGGCCAAGAACAUCGUGGCCAAACGCCGGAGCACCACUGCCACCGUCAUCGUCUACGUGAAUGGUGGCUGGUCCAGCUGGGCAGAGUGGUCGCCCUGCUCCAACCGCUGUGGCCGAGGCUGGCAGAAGCGCACCCGGACCUGCACCAACCCCACCCCACUCAACGGGGGGGCCUUCUGCGAGGGCCAGGCCUUCCAGAAGACCGCCUGCACCACCAUCUGCCCAGUUGAUGGGGCGUGGACGGAGUGGAGCAAGUGGUCAGCCUGCAGCACUGAGUGUGCCCACUGGCGUAGCCGCGAGUGCAUGGCGCCCCCACCCCAGAACGGAGGCCGUGACUGCAGCGGGACGCUGCUCGACUCUAAGAACUGCACAGAUGGCCUGUGUAUGCAAAAUAAGAAAACUCUAAGCGACCCCAACAGCCACCUGCUGGAGGCCUCAGGGGACGCGGCGCUGUACGCGGGCCUCGUGGUGGCUGUCUUCGUGGUCGUGGCAAUCCUCAUGGCGGUGGGGGUGGUGGUGUACCGCCGCAACUGCCGUGACUUCGACACAGACAUCACUGACUCAUCUGCCGCCCUGACUGGUGGUUUCCACCCUGUCAACUUCAAGACGGCCAGGCCCAACAACCCGCAGCUCCUACACCCCUCUGUGCCUCCUGACCUGACAGCCAGUGCCGGCAUCUACCGUGGACCCGUGUAUGCCCUGCAGGACUCCACCGACAAGAUCCCCAUGACCAACUCUCCUCUGCUGGACCCCUUACCCAGCCUGAAGGUCAAGGUCUACAGCUCCAGCACCACAGGCUCUGGGCCAGGCCUGGCAGACGGGGCUGACCUGCUGGGGGUCCUGCCGCCGGGCACAUACCCUAGUGAUUUCGCCCGGGACACCCACCUCCUGCACCUGCGCAGCGCCAGCCUUGGUUCCCAGCAGCUCUUGGGCCUGCCCCGAGACCCGGGGAGCAGCGUCAGCGGCACCUUUGGCUGCCUGGGUGGGAGGCUCAGCAUCCCUGGCACAGGGGUCAGCCUACUGGUGCCCAAUGGAGCCAUUCCCCAGGGCAAGUUCUACGAGAUGUAUCUACUCAUCAACAAGGCAGAAAGCACCCUCCCGCUUUCAGAAGGGACCCAGACAGUAUUGAGCCCCUCGGUGACCUGCGGACCCACAGGCCUCCUGCUGUGCCGCCCCGUCAUCCUCACCGUGCCCCACUGUGCCAAAGUCAGUGUCGGUGACUGGAUCUUUCAGCUCAAGACCCAGGCCCACCAGGGCCACUGGGAGGAGGUGGUGACCCUGGAUGAGGAGACCCUGAACACACCCUGCUACUGCCAGCUGGAGCCCAGGGCCUGCCAUAUCCUGCUGGACCAGCUGGGCACCUAUGUGUUCACGGGCGAGUCCUAUUCCCGCUCAGCAGUCAAGCGGCUCCAGCUGGCCGUCUUCGCCCCCGCCCUCUGCACCUCCCUGGAGUACAGCCUCCGGGUCUACUGCCUGGAGGACACACCUGUAGCACUGAAGGAGGUGCUGGACCUGGAGCGGACUCUGGGUGGCUACUUGGUGGAGGAGCCGAAACCCUUGAUGUUCAAAGACAGUUACCACAACCUGCGCCUCUCCCUCCAUGACCUCCCCCACGCCCAUUGGAGGAGCAAGCUGCUGGCCAAAUACCAGGAGAUCCCCUUCUAUCACAUCUGGAGCGGCAGCCAGAAGGCCCUCCACUGCACUUUCACCCUGGAGAGGCACAGCUUGGCCUCCACAGAGCUCACCUGCAAGAUCUGCGUUCGGCAAGUGGAAGGGGAGGGCCAGAUAUUCCAGCUGCACACCACUCUGGCGGAGACACCUGCUGGCUCCCUGGACACACUCUGCUCUGCCCCUGGCAGCGCCGUCACCACCCAGCUGGGACCUUACGCCUUCAAGAUCCCGCUGUCCAUCCGCCAGAAGAUAUGCAACAGCCUAGAUGCCCCCAACUCACGGGGCAAUGACUGGCGAAUGUUGGCGCAGAAGCUUUCUAUGGACCGGUACCUGAAUUACUUUGCCACCAAAGCGAGCCCCACGGGUGUGAUCCUGGACCUCUGGGAAGCUCUGCAGCAGGACGAUGGGGACCUCAACAGCCUGGCGAGUGCCUUGGAAGAGAUGGGCAAGAGUGAGAUGCUGGUGGCUGUGGCCACUGACGGGGACUGCUGAGCCUCCUGGGACGGCAGGCUGGCAGGGACUGACAGGUGGCAGGUGCAGGGAGGCCUGCGGGAGCCUCCUGAUGAGGAUGUUUGGCCUCUGCUUCCUCCCAGUUCGCAGCCAGAGUUGCCUCUCCUCCUCCUCUUCCCCAACCCCCAGACCACAACCAGCCUUAGAAAAUCCAUGUACUCUGUUGUUAGAGGGCCCAGAGUUCCUUCUCCAUCCCCGUUCUCUGUCUGUUGGCCUGAGAUCUCCGUGCGGGAACCAAGAUGGGGCUGAAGCCUCUGGAGGCGGUUGGGGCAGGCAGGAGGCUGUCCCUCCACCCUCCUACCCUCAGCCUGGCAACUUCUGAGUUCCAUGGGUUUUAGUUCCGUUCUUUGUUUUCUUCCUCCCUUAUUGAGUUAUCCUUUCUCCCUAAGCCCCCUUCUGCUUCCACGCCCUUUUCCUCUUUGAAGAGUCAAGUACGAUUCAGACAAACUGCUUUCUCCUGUCCAAAAGCAAAAAGGUAAAGGAAAGAAAGAAAGCUUCAGACCGCUAGUAAGGCUCAAAGAAGAAGAAAAACACCAAAACCACAAGGGAAAAGAAAAACCCAGUUUCUUAGGAAACGCUAAUGAUUUAUUAUCCAGAUUAUUUGGAUAAGUCCUUUUUAAGAAAAAAAAAAAAAAAGAAAAUGAAAAACAACACAAAAAAAUAGAAAACUCUUUUCUUGAGCGUGGAUGAGAAUGGGCACACUCACACUUCUGGCCAGGAGUGAAUGUGCCUUUGUGUGUGUGUGUUUGUGUGUGUGUGUGUGUGUGUUUGUGUGUGUGUGUGUGUGUGUGUGUUUGUGUGUGUGUGUGUGUGUGUGUGUGUUUGUGUGUGUGUGUGUGUGUGUGUGUGUGUGUGUGUGUGUACAUGUACGCGUGUGCAUUGGGGAGAGAGAGACUGAACAGAGAGUACUUUGCUGCUAACAAAUCCAUCUUGGACUGAAUUCUGACAAGGCCUCAGUUUCCCCAGUUGUGCAGAGAGUAGUCAGACAGGGUUUUCACUGUCUAGAUUUAGCUGGCUAGAUUUCCCUCUAAAAUCUUAAGCAGAUGCUGAAUCCGUAAAGCCAAGGAGUGCUAAGGGCUGGAGUGGGUGGGCCCUCCCUCCCACAGCCCCAGGGAGAUACCUCUGGGCUCCUGGGAAUCUGGAUUAAGAAAGUUGGGAUGAAAGAGGAGGCCGGCUGUGAGCCAGGGAGAAUGUUCCAGUCUGGUUUUGGUCUGGUGGCUCCUAGAAAGGGAUGUGGCUCAGAAGUGGGACUCAAACAGAGAGACGAAGUGGGGGAGGAAAGUCUUCUACAGACAUCUCUCUCCUGGGGGCUGGAUAGCUUUACCCUAAGGUGGGGCCAGCCCUGACACCCUCAUCCCAUCCUCAGCCCAGCAGCCUCUGGAGCAGGGUGACGCUCUCUUGAUGGCCAGGAAUCCAGAAUCUGCCCUUCCCGAGCCUUGGUUUCUCCUUCUGUAAAGCAGAGUGAUGGCUGAGAGGUCCUUUCUAGCUCCAGAAGCCGGAGCUUCCCAGUGUCAGUCAACCCUGCAGUGUGGGAGGCUGGGAGGCGGGUGCCCUGGCUGUGCUUUGCAUGCCCAGGAGUGGAGGAGGAGGCUGAGAAGCUGGUUUCCCAGCUCUGAUCUCCACAGGCACCUCCUAUAACCCUCCUCUUACCCACCCCACCACGGUCUGGGAGAUCUGAAAUAACCUUUCCCAGUGGGUGGGGUUGCCAGGGUAGAGGGGACGGCACACACUUCCCCCACCCAACCUGUUCCAGGGGCCCUGCAUGGUGCAGGAUGAGUCUCUGCCCUGUGCAACUGCCUGGCAGUGGCUGGGACAAGGAUCUUGCAGCCAGCACAGAGGCCUCAUCAAAGGCCUCUCCCUCUUGGCACUCCAGGCAGGGCAAGUGCCAGCUUCCCCAACACUUCCGGGCAGUGACCCUAGGGCGUGCCCCAGCAGGCCUCUGAGCAGCCACUGGGACCCGUCUCAGCACAUCCUGGCCUUUGAAAGUCUGAUAUCCUGAGAGGAGGGCAGGUUUUAGGGCUGCAGUUCCAGCCAGCGUCCGCAGCUUGGCUUCUCUGCCAUGGACUCGGCAGCUCGCGGGGCUUCUUACCACCCACCAGCCCCCUGGGGUGUGGCCUGGCUGUGGGCAGAGGAGGACUUGCCUGGAGAUUUGAGAGAGGAUUCCUUCUACCAGGGCUGCUGAGGGCCAGGUCUGCAUCAGGGGCUGGACCCUGACUGGGUCUGGAGGCUGAGACUAAGGCUCUCAACCCUGGUGCCUCCAGGCACCAGGAUGCUGCCUCGGAUGAAGGAAAGUGCCAGAUGACGGGCACUUUCCCUGCCGAAGUGCCCAUCCCAUGGGCUCAGCCUCACUGGUCACUGUAGCCCAUGCACACGUGUGGGCCUCGGUCACGUGGCUUUGAGGGCAGUCUGACCAGGCUAGACCACACGUGCUGUGACAGGGGGUGCCAUUCCCCUUGCAGGCUCUGACAUGUCCACAUGUAGCCUGGCCGUCCAAAGACCAGGAAUCGAGUUGCAAAUCUGCCAUUAAACUGCUGUGCGACUUCCGGCAUAUCACUGCCUUCUCUGGGCUUCAGUGUCCUUUUCAUACCUAGAAUGCUGCAGUCUGAGGCUCUUUGGGUUCAGACACACCGUUGUAGGCUUCCGUAGGGGACCCUGUGAUCUGCCAUGCCCCUCCUCCCUGUUCUUUUCUGGCCUCCCCGCCCCACCCUCAGAAGCUGCUUGCUCUGCCCCCAAGACAGGAGCUUGACGGAUGAGGUGCAGCCAGCCACCCAGGUGCCGUUUCCAGUCUGACUUCUGGAAAUGUGCACCAUGUCCUAGAGCACAGACCCAUUGACUGGAGCCUCCCGGGAGGGUUCAAACUGUCCAGCUCUACGAGAAAUGCCCAGAAAGAAUUUGCCGACUCCAUCCGUCUGUGGAGGCUGUCUGCCUCCGGGGUGGGAUCGGUGGUUUCUCCUCCAAUUCAGACCCAAGAGGUAGCCCCAGAGGGCGUGUACCUGGUGGGCAGCAGCUCAGGUACCAUUGGGGGUUGCAGGGCCCUUACGCAGGUGUUUCUCUCUCUCUCCUCUCUGGGGUGCGCGUGUGCGUACGUGUGCGUGCGCGUGCGUGUGCCUGUGCUGUUCUCUGUGAGCACAUCAGGGUGCCCCUCCGAGAACACGUGCACGUGUCCCCACCUGAGCAAGCGUGUGUGUGUGCUCCUCUGCGUCCCAGGUUUGGACGUCUGGAGGUUGGUGUGCCUGUCUUCUGCCCUCCCUGAGCCCACAGGGUCAGUCAGUGUAUCUUCUACGUGCCUCUCCCUCUGCCUUCUCUCACAGUGCCCCCGGCUCCAGAGCUCAGGGGUAGGGGUUCUCCUGAAGGUGCAGGGGACCCUCCUCAUCUCCUGGACCCUCCAGGGCACUCUGGUCCCUAUUCCCCAGCUCCCAGGCAGCUGAGCCGGGUCUCUUAGGGGAGGUGACCAGCAGCUUCGGUGCAGGGAGCUCUUGGUGGGGCAAAGGGCUGGACCCCUGCCAGGUCCGUGGACAUGGUUAUAUGCCCGGGAGGGGCGGGUGCAGGGCCCCAGGGAUGGCCCCCAACCCCACCUCUGUUUAUUCUGUAAACUACAACCUAUAAAUAACCUUUAGCAUUCCUAUUGUAACAAAAUUAAUUUUUAUGAAAUAAAUUAUAUUUCCUAGUCUAAUAAAAUCUGGGUUGCAUUU